AUGUCAGCCACUGAGUUCAAGUUUCUUACUGUUGAUGGCCAUGGCCGUCCACUCGAACCUGGUAGUCGAGCCUCGAUCCGCAGUCGGUGUAUGAAGGGGGUCAACGUACGCCAGGGCUCGCGCCGAUCGAUGAGAAAGGCGCGCAAGGCAUCCCAUAAUGCUUCGGUGUUACAGGAACCCACGUCCUCGCAUCAAUCAGCAAGUUGCGAGCCUCUUGUAAAGUCGCUACAGCUCCGAACUCAUGAGCUUAGCUUUAACUCAUCUCCCUUGCCAUCUACUGCAUUGCGGUUAGUCGUCAAGUAUAAUGCCUUGCUCGAUGCAACAUAUCCUCUUGAGAGACACCUCGAGAACGCAGAUGACAACCCUAUUCAAAGAAUGAACGACUAUUUGACAUUGUUGAACGAGAAUAAGAUUCUGCUAGAGUCGAUAUUCCUCGCUACAUAUGCCGUGGAUGAUUUGUGCUCUGGAACCAAGAUAUCACCCCGAUCGCAGCAAUCACUCUGCACCAUCCUCUCGUCAUUGAACAACAAUCUUCACAGAGCUUCAACACAGCAAUCCUAUUCCACCAUACUCAUCAUUCUGAUUCUACUCUUCGCAGCCGAGUCAUUUCAAGAUUUUAACGCUAUCACAACUCACCUGGUCGGGCUCAGGAGGUUACUGGAAUUGCGCGAGACGAAACCUGUGCCAAUGGACUCGAAACUACUGUUCAAGAUCCAGCAGGUCGAUCUUAGGACAGCGUUAGCAACGGGUCGUCCAUUGUACUUCCCAUUUGCUUAUUCAUACUCGCAACAGCCUGUUGGCGUCACGAAGCCGCCAAGAAUUAUGCCCUGGCUGAUGGUGCACCCCAAUUUGAUGAGCUGCUACCAGACAUUGCAGGCUUUAUCAACUCAUGCGAACCGGCAUCAAGCUUCAAAGAUUGGACCUCUUCUCAACUGGGCAGACUUCCAAUCUCAGGUUAGCACGAGUCAAACUCACCUGAUCGGUCUUGGGAGCAGCCAGCUGCCUCGCGGGUCUGAAGCUCUGCGACUUGGUAUGCUUGCGUUCUUAUCCACACUCUCGCGCAGUCCGGCGCAAAAGCCUCGUCUACCCAUAUUCGCUUCACAGCUUGAGGAGUGCUAUUUUGCCAUGAAACGAGAGCAAGAUCCCUACAUGCCAUUGCUUAUUUGGCUGAUGUUGAUGGGCUGUAUCUCUACUAUCGACACAUCGAGCUCGAUAUUGUCAGUAUGGAGAUAUUGUGUCAAGCCGGACCUCUCCUGGGGAGAUGUGCGAAAAAUGGUUGGCGAGUUGCCGUGGAUUCAGAUGAUACACGACGAGCCCGGAGAACGAAACUAUUGGCUCCUACAAGCUCGAAGGGGCGACGGGGGCUCGUAG